AUGGACCCGACCUCCUCGCCAUCGCUGACUUCACUCUCUGAAUGCGAGAGUAUCGCGAUCCCGUCAACAUUCCAAUCCCAGGCCGGAUCAAAAUCCAAAUCCAACCCCGAACCCCAAGCUCCCGCCGCGGACUCCGGAGUGUCUCUGGCCAGCGGCUGCGGCACAGUCACCGUCACUGCCGGCACCACCAGCACCGCGAUGGACGAGAGGAAGCCUGCCGUCCCUGAAGACGCCAGCAAGAAAAGUGGCAAAGAAAGCCGCCGCAACAGCAGAGCACCAGCCACAAAUACAGACACCAGCCGCAUGCUUAGUCAGCAAGAACCGCCCUCGGCAGCGGCAGCAGCCACAGGGCCGAAGCAGAAGCGAGUCCGCAAGCGCAAGGACGACGAGGAGAAAGCGAAGCCGAAGCGCGAGCGAAACUCGACGGGGGAUAAGGCCGUUGCAGGAGCAGCCGGCGGAGCAACAACAGCAGGCAAGGACGGCGGCGAGCCGAAGCCAAGGAGGCAGCGGAACAGCAAUGUCAAGCCGCAGGACGGUGCUGAUGCAUCGCGCAAGAAGGCCAAGUUGGAGCAUACAGCCGAUGAAACCACUCCCUCUGUGACACCGCGCCAGGCAAAGAUCACAGACAUGGUUUCCAUGACUUCGACUGCGACGGCACAUCAGCCACAGCUCUCGCAGCAGCAGCAGCAACAUCAGUUUAGCCAGCACCCUCCGCAGACAUUCUCUGCACAACCAUCUCCAUCACCCGCAUACUCGAUGCAGCGGAGUCUUUCACAGCACUCUCCACAGCCUUCACCACAUCACCCAGCCUCCUAUCCGCAGCGAAACGGCGCCUACGAAGCUGGUGGCACUGCCGGCUCGCCCUAUGCCUACAAUAACAAUAGCAGCGGCACCACUACCAACAACACUCACCAUGCACCUCCUCCUCCACCUCCCCAACAAGCUCAACCUGUUUCCCUCCCACGCUCGAGCGGACAGAACUAUGACCCUAUCCGGUCAGCUAUCGAGAGCAGCUCAUCAGUUUCUACUCCGGCUGUACCCACAGCGAAGCCCGCACCAGCUCCCCAGGGAAGCGCAUCCUUUAGUCCACCACCAAAUACAGUGACUCCUCCACCUCGUCCGGCCACUACUCCAUUCAGAGCUAGCGCUUCCCCAGCUAUUUCCAGCAUUAUCGAUCCUCCAGCUGCCAACUCUACACCUGCUAUCUCCAUUCCGCCUCCUGUCACCACUACAUCCGACAACAAGCCCACCCUUUCACCCACCCAGAACCCUGCUAACGGAGCUACCGAAUCCUUCAAACCAUCAGCACAGCCUCUCGCACACUCCAAAUCACAAGACUCGAACGCAAUGGAUAUUGACUCGAAGCCAGCGAGCUCAAAGCCUGGCCCCAAAAAGAAUACUGCAUCAUCUACAGGAAACCCUUCCUCGGGUGCCUUAUCCCCCAAGCCCGCUUCGUCUCGCAACAAGGAACCUCCACGACCUCUGCCUUCCACUGGAUCGGCUGCUUUCUAUUGCUCUCUCGCGGCGACACUAGCUCAUCAUCCGACACCAAAUACUUACCAAAUAUCAUUCUAA